CUUCGAGAGCUUUGCACAUCAUCUUUCCCAGCAACCUGAAAACCCGUUCAAGUAGCAAGCCAUACGUCGCAUCAUAUUUCUCCUUCGAAGUCGGAGAUCUAUCGACCAAGAUGUGGUUGAUCAACGUCGAGACCAUGCAGCUCGAGGACUUCACUGUGCGACCAGCACCCCAAUACGCAAUCCUAUCCCAUACCUGGAGUGAAGAGGAAGUCUCUCUCCAGGAGUUUAUCUGCCCGAACGCCGACACAAUCGAGAAAGAGGGGUUUGCCAAGAUCGAGUGGACGUGCAGCCUUGCGGCUAGAGAUCAUAUCAAAUAUGCCUGGGUGGAUACCUGUUGUAUCGAUAAAAGCAGCAGCGCAGAGCUGACUGAAGCUAUCAAUUCCAUGUUUCAAUGGUAUAAGAACGCUGUUGUCUGCUACGCAUAUCUGUCUGAUCUUUCACCGAGACAGGACGCUGUCAUGAAAUAUCUGGGGGUCGACGAUAGCCGUCAGGACUAUUCAUUGGCGAGCCGCAAUGAGUUGCAAGGCUGUAAAUGGUUCACGCGGGGCUGGACUCUCCAGGAGCUGAUUGCGCCCAAGACAGUACGUUUCUACGACGAGACCUGGGGUUUUCGAGGUACGAAGGAUGAUUUGGCGGAGCCUCUUUGGUCGAUAACGCAUAUCGGCCGCGCCGUCUUGUGGGGUCAUAAAAUGCUGGCCGAUAUAUCCAUUGCGGAGCGAAUGGCAUGGGCCUCAAAAAGAAAAACGACAAGAGUGGAAGAUGUGGCCUACUGUCUGCUUGGAAUCUUCGAUGUCAACAUGCCAUUAUUAUACGGAGAAGGGAAUAAGGCCUUCACCCGGCUUCAGGAAGAGAUCAUCAAGAACAAUAGUGAUCUCAGCAUAUUUGGAUGGACUUCCGAAGAGAGUUGUUUAUCGGUCAUUUCCCAACCGGUACUCAAGGAUGGCUGUAAAUUCAACUGUGACCAUGGAGAUGACAAUCGAGACGAUUUCUACAGCGUCCUGGCAACAUCCCCAAGCGAAUUUUUGACCCCACCUUCUUAUAAUAUCAUGCAGUCAGUCGAGCACUCAGUCACAAAUCGCGGCAUUAAGAUCUAUUGCAGUUUGCUCGAGAUAUGCUUGCAAGGAUGUCCUUUUAUUCGCUGUAAAUGCUGUGGUGAUGGUCGCAAAUAUGUUUUGGUUAUAAGUAAUACCAGGUCGGGGUUUGAGGAGGAUGAUUGGGGUGUCGUCUUGGAUAAGAUAAGCCCUGACGGUUUCAUCAGAUCCAGGAAAUCCUUGAUACACAUUGACUAUGUCGAUGCGUUUUGCACAGAAUCGACGAGACCUCGGGCGAUUUAUCUCCUCACACAAGCACCAAAAUCUGCCCGGCAUCCGACUUUACCUCUGAAAAUCAGGGAAGGAACUGACUUUACCAUUCAGUCUGUCGCCCCAGCUGACAAAUGGAACUCUUGCAAACGGUAUUGGCACCUGGAGAGUGGUUUUAAAAUAUGGGGCAUGGUUUCGCUCAAAUUUAGUAACGCUAAUUGGGAUCGUGGCGUAUGCAUCUUGUUUUUUUAUAACGGUGUUUACGUCCUUGAUCCUCAUGUCUACAGGGCUGAGAUAGGACUGAUCUCUCAAGCUGGUUCUAAUCUUUUGUGGGGGGAUAUUAAGGAAAUCUUUGAUAUCGGAGAUUUACCUAGCGAAGGGUUGACAGUCAUGCGCCGGAAAUUGAAAGUUAUGGCAAGGAUGGUGGGUGAACAUUCCGGCCACAAGUCGCUAGAGGUGUGGACCGAAGACAUUAAGAGUGAUGGAAGUCCUUCUCGCGCUUAAGUAGUACUCACCGAUUACUUCUUACCUCAGAGUACCGUACCACACUCUCCAUGAACAACGAACAAUUUUUUUUCAAUAAGUAGCUAGAGAAAGUGUCUUUAGAAGAAUUCAUACCGGUAUUUCUGGCUGCAUC